CUCAAUCCAUCGCCCCAAGUACAAGAACAGGAGUCCGACGCUCGAAACAACCCAGGAAUAGAGCACACAAGACUUAAUUUCCCCUCCAUCGCAGCGUCUCAAGCGCAGGCGAGCAGUCCGCAAUUGCCGCCACACCCCGAGGACAAGGCCCAAUGUCAACACCGCCACCAAAUCCUAGCCAGUAUCCGCCAUCCGACCUACCUCAAGGACAAUUGCCGAAGCAUACCCAAGGUUCGCAUUCGGGGUCUUCCUCUCCGACUACACUACUUCCAGAGUCGCAGUAUCAGCAGCUACCCGUAGAGUCACGAUAUCACCCAGAGCCGGAACAACUCUCGGAUCCAGAGUAUCGGCACCGACUAAUGCAAUUAGAGAACCUUCGUCGAGCGGCUUCCGAGACAAAUUCACCUGCGUCGUUGGAACGGGGUCAGGACAGCAAUCCUGGAUACGAAAGAGCAAGGACUGAGCCUUUCUCUCGGGAAAGGAGCGCAAGGUAUGGGGUUCAGCGAACCCAUUGGAGUGAAGUCGAGAGAAAAAUGAGCAAGUCUGACGCGGCUGAGGCGAAGCACACUCAAUGCGAGCAGGAUAUUCAGACUGCACGGGAGCUGACAGAGCAGGCAACACAGAGAUACCUAGAAGCCCAACGUCAGCUUCAACGUGCCAGGGAAAAGGAGGAGGCGCUCAGAUUUCAACAGGAGAUGUUAAUGAUGCGGGAUCAGGACAAUGCCGGCGCUCUAACGGAACAGGAAAAUCUGUUCAGUAUGGAGAGCAGCGUGGCACCCUCGUCAUUGGAGGAGCCCCCAUUAUCCUCGCAAAGGUCCCAACGUGAUUCAUAUCGGAAACAGGAGCGGCAACAACAACGACAACAGCAACAACAACGACAACAGCAACAACAGCAACAGCAGCAGCAAUCACCUACCGCUCUUCCCCAGACGCCCCGAGCGAUGACUUCCCCUAUACAGGCUCGCGAAUUCAUUCGGUCUCCACGGUCUUCACAUUUGGACGACAUAUCAAGGACCCCACGGAUGAGUGAUGACAGAGAAGCAAGAGUCGUUCCCCGAGUCAGCGAAGCGGCUAGUGCUACGGGGUUCUCAGCUCCUCCUGAUCCCGUGUAUUCAUAUUUUACUGCUCAUGAGGCGGAGAGUAGCAGCGAUAGCGAUGCUCAGGACGUCGAUGAGAGAGUACCAUUCAAACGGCAUCCUACCUCUCCACGCGUUGAAGUGAAGUUGGAGGAUGGUGAGGAGGAGGUUGAAGCGCAACUUGGUGCCUUGCACAAUCAAAUGGUUAAUAAUGCCAAUCACCUGAUUCAUACGGAAUACAGUAUCCCUAUUCAGAGAUCGCUGCCCGAGGAAUCUGAUCUAAGGGAACAUCAACGGACGACCUUAAACCGUUCGGUGCCCUGGCAAUCUCCAACGCCUGCUGUAGCCAGACCCAUGAUAAUCCAACAACCGAAUGUUACUUCGCAACCAUCCCCAACUCAGCCCCCGACGGUGCGCGAUACUCCUGUGCUAGCUGGCUCCAGCGCAAUCCCAGGGCCACGCGCCCCACGCACGAAUCGAGUACAAUCGACACGAUCACAUAUACCCCGUUUAAGACCCUAUCCUGAUCAAUCAGAGAGACAUUUGUCUGCCUCUCUCUCUGCUCGGUCACCACCGCCUGUGAGAGCCUCGAGACGAGCUUCGCGAGAAACUUAUCCGCAAUCCACUAGUCAGCCUAGGCAGCACUUUGCUACGUUCAUGACUACGCUUUCACAACAUUCGCGAUGUCAACAUCACGGUGGCCAUUCCUGCCCAGCGAUAGUGAAUUACACGCAUAUCGAACAUGUGGAAAACUAUUACUGCCGCAAUGAAGAUCAGCAGAUGCCGCAAAGGGCUCCGUCGCGCAGCGGUCGGCCAGAUGAAUGGACUAUGGAAGAAGACGUAGAUACGGAAAAUGAGAGACAUGCAGCUGCGAUGGAGGUGCAAGUAGAGGUAGAAGAAGCCAAGCACAAGGAAGAUAUUGUGCGGAGGAAACAGUCGCCGGGUUCUCAGUAGUUUACGCGUUUAUAUCUUUGAUUUAGCCCGCUGUUGCUGUUGUGAGUGAGGUCACCGAUUGAUGCAGAUGCUGUGGAGCCUGUUUAGUCUUUCUUAAAAAAAUUUUCGGUUAGGCAGUCGUAUGAUCCCCCUCUUUCAUCCACACCACGCCCUUCUCUCACCAUGCUUAUUUACCAGGACAUUAUCACCGGCUAUCAAACCAAUACUUC